UCAACAUGGCUGACUUGCCAGUAGUAGUGGCUGGAGGGAGCUGCCUGCUAACCAGUUGCAGUUUCAAUCCCUCCACGGGAGCAGAGGGCGAGAGGGUCCUUCUUCCCCUGCAGACCAGCGGCGCAAAAAAUAAAUAAAAAAAAAUGGCGGGCUGUGAAGGCGACGUGUUGCGUUCAUGGUCCGGGUCAGCAUCGUCUGCGAGUAACGGGUUCACAUGUGUAGCUGUGCCCGCGUCCGAGGAGCAGAAACCGAGGAAGAGGAGGAGGGCUUUCUGCCUGACCAGGAUCAAGACCCGCAGCAGCUCCGGCGGUCAGACUGUGCAGGGUCAGCGUCAGCCCGCCGCGAACAACAACAACAACAUGCCGCUCAUGAUCCAAGAGAUCAAACACAUCUGCAGGAACUGCCGGGGAGCCGAGCCGCUGGACGCUGAGGAGGUGGAGAGGUUGGCAGCGAUGCGCUCUGAUUCGUUGGUUCCAGGCACACAUACGCCUCCCAUACGGCGGCGGAGCAAAUUCGCCACGCUGGGACGUCUCUUCAAACCCUGGAAGUGGAGGAAGAAGAAGAGCGAAAAGUUCAAACAAACGUCGGCUGUGCUGGAGAGGAAAAUGUCGACCCGUCAGAGCAGAGAGGAGCUCAUCAAGAAGGGGGUGCUGAAGGAGGUGUACGAGAAAGACGGCUCUUGCUCGGUCGUACGAGAAGAGGUGAAGAUGGAGAACGGCUCUCCGGUGCUCGGCUCUAGCUUGUCAGAGUGUGAGAAUUCAGAGCUGAUGGAGGGAGCGGCUGGAGGCUCUCUGGAGUUUCAGAUGUCCGGUGACGGUGCAUGUCAACAGGACCACGGCCAAAAAUCCAUCCAGGGUCCGCCCACAAAGAAGUCAACGGUUUACCCGUCUGAUGGCGCCGAGUCACCGCACAGACCUCCCACGCUACACAAACAACCUCCUGCGCUGCCACCCAAACCCUUCAACAGGCUACCUAAUCACAUGACAGACGGAGCCCCGGUGAAGCUGCCGUGUAUGUCAGUGAAGUUAUCUCCUCCUCUACCUCCAAAGAAGCUCCUUAUCUCCGUACCUGCCGGGAGCAUGGAGCCCUCUCCACUAGCCUUCCAGAAGUGCCCCGCCCCUCCCAGCCACACUUCAAUGGGCGGCCACUCCCUGCAUUACGGGACGCUUCCUGUCGCCCUCCACCCCCCCAGCCGGAUCAUAGAAGAGCUGAACAAGACCCUGGCCCUCACCAUGCAGAGGUUUGAGAGCUCCAUGAUGCAUACCGUUCCCGCGGUGAUGAUCGAGUGUGACGACAACAAAGAGAACCUCCCCAACCAGACGGACUACCAUGACCCGUCCGGCAGGUACACGCACGAGGAAGAGGACGAGGAGGAGGAGGAGGAGGAAGACGAAGAGGAAGAUGAUGAGGAGGAAGAGGAUGAGGACGAGGAAGAGGAUGAUGAUACAUUUUUUACAAGCUCACUGGCCAUGAAGGUUUUACGGAAGGACUCUCUGGCCAUCAAACUGAGUAACCGUCCUACCAAGAGGGAUCUGGAGGACAAAAACAUCCUGCCGAUGCAGUCGGACCAGGAGAGACUCGAGUUCCGACAGCAAACAGCCACCAAACUGACCAGGCGGUUGAGUCAGAGGCCGACAGCAGAGGAGCUGGAGCAGAGAAACAUACUCAAACCUCGGAACGAUCUGGAGGAGCAGGAGGAGAAGAGGGAGAUCAAGAGACAUUUAUCCAAAAAGCUCAGCCAGAGGCCGACCGUGGAGGAGUUGAGGGAGGCGAAGAUCCUGAUCCGCUUCAGCGACUACGUGGAGGUGGCCGAGGCUCAGGACUACGACAGGCGAGCAGACAAGCCGUGGACGCGACUAACAGCUGCUGAUAAGGCUGCCAUCAGGAAGGAGCUGAACGAGUUUAAAAGCACAGAGAUGGAGGUGCACGAGUCGAGUCGGCAUCUGACCAGGUUUCACCGGCCAUAAAAUGGUGCAGUCCGACCGCGGCCGCGCUUUCUCCUCCUACACCGAGUCUCAGAUCGCUACCUGCUGCCCUCGUGCUGACUGCUCGCCUCUCCGGUGUCGACUUCAACGCGACAAACUGGAGAAUGAACGCAACCUGUGUGCUGCCAUCUUCACAGGAAACCAGAACAAAGUCUUUUACAAGUGCAGAUGGAUUCAAACUCUCACCUGGUGUCUCCCUUCAGAGGAGAUUUUAAAGACUUCUUGAUAUUCAAAGGCUUUUCAGUUUUUUUAUGAAGAAGGCGAUUUGUUUACUUUGCAGCACUCACAUCAAACAGAAUCUGUGCCAAUGUCGAGGAUGUGAAGGUGAAGAUGGGACUUUUUCUUAUUUUUGAAUUUUGUACAAAUGGAUUGUUUAGUUGCCUUUAAUCAUGUUCUCACACUUUUUUUUUUACUGGACUCUUUUCUUUGAGAGGUUUGCUUGUGUUGUCACAGACGACAUUCUCUGUGGCUGUUUUCAAAACCUCCUACUACACUAGAAGUAUGUACUGAUUUGGCCAAAACUUCCUCCAGAGUCCACUUGAGGCUGACUUCACAUACACACAACAGGCAAAAAAUCUGUUUUUACAGCAUAAAUUAACAUCUUUACAGCCUGGUACAAAAAAUAAAAUAGGUCUGAUUAGUUUACUGUCAUCACUGGCACACACUGUACAGGGGGAGUAGUAUUCAGUAGGCAGUUUCGAAAACAGCCAAUGUUUUAACUCACCAGAAUAAUCUAAAUAUUCCAACAGAUGACUGCUGUUGUAGGCUGCUAAAUCUCAAACCAAAACGUCUACAAACUCAAAUUCAUUUCUGCCGGCCAGUUACAGAAAAAGUCAACAUCCCCCGUCACAAACACAUCAAUCAACAGCAAUAAUUUCAGAUUUCACUUCUUUUUUUUUUUCUCCACCUGCUUUGUGGCUGCAUUCCAGAGCUUGCAACACUUUCCCACUUUAGAUCUCCGUUUGGUAAACCAAAGCAACUUAACUUGCUGUGGACGUUUGGAUCCUGAAUGCAUCUCAGAGUUCAGUAACCCGCUGCGUCACUUUGCCUGCAGUAUCGUUUACAGGGAUUUAAAAAUCACAUAAUUCAGUCAUGUCGUUUGAUAACAGAAUAUUUUAUCUGAGGACAGAGUUCAAUGUUGCUGAACUCGGCGACAAACUUUUUUUCUAUCACAUUUUUAUUACAAAUGUUGUUGGUACAAAAAGCUGAGAACUCAGCCGUCGUACUUUUCAUGUUUUUAUUGUUUACAGGUUCAUGAAAUGGAGGUGACCAUUAUACUGGGAGAACUGGUUUAUCUGUUAUCUGUGUGUGUGUGUGUGUGUGUGAGAGAGAGUGAGAAUCGUGUGUGUACAAGAGUCUGUCACAUCACUGCCUCUUGUCGAUUGAAAUGUUUUGAGAGAUUCUCAGAAUUCUAAAAGUUGUACAUAAAGAAAGGAAGUGUGACUUUUCAGAUGUUUUUUUUU